ACUCACCUGCUCAGGUGAGCUCCUCCUGUCCGGAUGGGUGGGGCCGUUUCGCUGCGGGAACGAAACAACAACAGCGGCGUGAUUUGAGUGUUUUAGGAUUAAUUAAUGACCUUUUCGCUGUGAUUUAGAGUGAAAUCGUCGACGUCGUCUUCACAGUAUGAGUAACCCGCCCCGAUCAAACCGGGGACACCGGGAGAGAAAUGGAGACCACCGACAUUACCGGGAGUCCCACGAUGACAGAUAUCCAGAACCUGACAGGUCUUCAUCUCGUCCUCCAUAUUACCCCAGAAGUGCCACCCCUCCUCCCAGAACCGAGGUGCGGGAUGUCCCCCGAAUGGAUUACCGAGACAACAAAUGCACAAACAUCUGCUCCUUCAGAGGCAUCGUCCUGAUCUGUGCCGUGCUGACGAAUGCUCUGGUCCUGAUCUGUGUGGUCGCGGCUCACAUGGUUUCCACCGGCAUCUCGUCCAUGGGCGGGCUGGGUGGCUUCAACAUCAACUCCGACUUCAACCUGCAGGGCACUGAGCUCCAGCAGGUCCGAGACCUGGACAUGCAGUACAGCCAGAUGAGGGCGCCGGGCCUCUACGGCGGCAUCCCCUUCAGCCUGGCCUUCGGGGUCAUCUCACUUCUGUUUGUGGUCUCUGCGAGCAAACCCCCUCACCUGAUGUCUCGGAAGCUUCUGAUUGGAGCGCUGCUGUUUCAGGCGGUGGGCGCGGUGGUGUACGUGGUGGCUGUCGGACUCUACCUGCAUUUCAUCAUCAGGGUCAACGCCACAGAUGUGUGUCAGCAGCGCGAGCGGAUUUACGCCCGUAAUGGCUAUACAUGGAUGAACUGUAGCGUGAGCGGCGGCGAUGCCGCUGUGGCUCUGUUCGGGCUCAUCACAGCCAUCCUGUACGUCAUCGGUGCAGUGCUCACUGUCCGAACCCUCCAAGGAGUGAAGCGGUACCUACAGGAGAAAAAGCGCCACCAGGUGGAGAGGCAGCAGCCCCGAUCCGGCCCACAGAGGGCACCACUGAAGCCUGAGACCACGUCUGUGUGAGGGAACCGGACCAGGAGUUUUUGGGUUUGUCGUUAACUGUUUUUUUAAAACUGAAUUUGGCGUUUUUCUCAUGAAGAACUGACACUUUUGAUCAACAGUUCAUACGAGGAAAUAGUUGAUCUUAUCUCUUGAAAUAAAUAUGAUGCCACAAAAAGUCAACUACUGCAGGGAAGAAAUAACGAUGUCUUGCAUAAAUGAUUUAUAAAAUAUACAAAUAGUGACGUGAUUACGUAUAUGUACAGAACCGUGAUAGGUGUAUUAUAUUGUGGAGCUCUCGUCUGGUUCCACCCCAGUUAUUGAGUGUGUGAAGUUUUUUUUUUUUUUGCUUUUCAGGAGGCAUUUUGCUUUGAAAAAAUUUUGAUUAACUGAAAACGAUGCAGUGAUCUCAAACUAAAAGAAACACACCAACAAUUUGGUAAUAUAUGUAUACAUAGGGACACGUAACCUACCCGGUAUCACUGAGCCUAACAUUGAACCCAUUUUGUAUUUUCCCUGCAGUAGUUUCAUCAACACCCAUAAAGUCUGAGCCUCCAUGCAUAGUUUUUGGAUUCUGCCCCCUGGUGGCCACAGUUAAAAUUGAAACACCCAAAUUCAUACUUAAACAUGAGGAGACGUGUAUCAACUUUCACAUCAAUAAAUUAAAUCUUUAAAGAUAUCGGAGACAUGUCACACCAUAGCGGCGCAUUAGUAUUUGCCUUAUUCUGAAGAGAUUCACGGUCAGCCGUACUUACGAUUGUGCUCUAACUGGUUCAACCAGCAUUUAAAACAAUAAGUAAAAGUGUAAACGAGACUCAACCAACUUGGUAACAAAUCAUAAAUAAGCUUGCAACACAACUGCAUCCUGCUGAUUUUACUUCUCAUUGAGGGGCACACAAAGUGACCACAAGAUGGCACUAUCAACAUUUGUGACAAGAUGUUACAGUGUACUGAAUGAUGUACUGAGAGUCACAGACUGGUGAUGCAAAGAAUAUUAUAUAUGGAAAACAUCUUUGAACAUGAGUGAAUUUAAGAAGUCAUGGUCUCAAAGACCUUGCUCUGGGAUAAAAAGAUGGAUGCAUCUUUUACACUGCUCUAACAGCAGUGGUUUAGACUGUGUGAGGUAAUAAGAACUGUAGCAACAAGUCAGUCAAGUCUUUUACAGACAUUUUUUACGUUGUCAAAUGAUGGUUUUCAAAAGUUUAAUUGCACUGCAUGUUUGCAUCCACUACACUACUUGUUUGUUCAGUGGCCACAAGAAAGGGGGCACUUGUUUUGGCCCUCAUACAAUAACAUUAACAAGCUCGUUAUCUUAUGCUUGCUAACAUAGGGUUUGAGUUAUAAAUAAUGCAAGUUAAAUUCAUUCUGCUUCUUGUUGCAUGAAGCGGUAUUUCGAAAAUAAAUGCGACUGACACAUGCGUGACAUGUUUAAUUUUCUUUGUGAUGCAUUAAUUAAUAUUCCUGAAAAUAUGGUACUAAUAUUUGAAAAGUUUGGGACAGGAUGUCCACCACAGUGCUUCAUGGUUAUUUUGAGUUUGUGUUCAUUUUGAGUAUUUUGUGUAUUUAAAGUGGCAGCAGGUGAUUUGUCAAUAUUUAACUCAGUGGUGCGUUCAGGUGCUGGGAGCUUGAACAACAAAUAUCCCACAGGGACAGAGUAAAUGUUUGACACCUGAUCAGGUGGGAGUGCUGAUUAUUGGCAUUUUUUAGUGCAUUAUAUUGUGAUUUCUUUUUUUUCCCCCUCUUUUCUGCUAAACAUUCCAGGUGCCGCAAACAUUUUCUUUCUCUGCUGCACCUUGACGAAGCAGCUGUGGGUGAGUGGAGAGAGAGUCUCCAUUAUUUUGACAUUGUCUCAGACUCCAGAAUUAAAUAUGAAAAAGAAAAACUGAACUCUGAAGGAGUCAGAGGCUGAAAAACCUCAUCAGUCUCCAGUAAAACUGUUCAUCACAGUAGCACAAAAAAAAAAAAAAAAACUA